AUGCUUUGCACUCUCCUUCUCUCUCGCUAUGUAUCUGUGCCUCGGCUCCCGCUGGUUUUUGUUGCCUUUUGUAUUUUGGCUGAUUUCUGUGUCCUUGCCCACAACGGAGAGACAUGGCCCCUCCCUGCGCUGCUGAAACUCUCACCAACCACUGUCUGCCCCGGCCUUGGGGUGCGGGACAGGCCACUGCCGCCUCGGGGUGCCCGGCUCCCUCACUUCGGGGAGCCCCCUGGCCGUGGCUCCCCGCGGGCCUGUGCGUUGAGGCCACUUUUCUGCUGCCCUCCCCCACCCCGCCCGGAGAGCCCGCUGCCCGCCUACAGCUCUCAAACCUCACCGCCCAGCGCCCACAGAUUGGCACUCGGGGUGCCUUCCCACCCCAGGGCUUCACAGGAGCCCCAGCAGCAAGCGCAGGCCCACUGGUGUCUGUCUGAGGAGCACCCGGGGCCUCCCAGCCCCCCCUGCCCUGGCCCCAGAGGGCACAGCCAGCCGCAGCCCAGCGGGGCCAGGCAGGCGGACUCCAUUCAUUCAGGGACGCUUCGUUCGAUGCCACCCCCCCCACCCCCUUCCGCAUCAGAGAGCGAAAUCCUAUCGUCUUAA